AUGCAGGAAUAUAUCUGGAAAGCCACGAUAUAUCUGGAAAGCCACGAUACAGUGGCCUUAGAAGAAGAGGCGUUUGAGCAAAACACCGAUGACGAAGGACCGGAACCCGAGACACCAAUAGGAAGAGCUGGGAACGUGUACGUCCUCCCAGGAAGUGAACGCUUUCCAACAGGAGCAAUCGAAUGCGACGCGGAACACAGUGGCUACGAAGUCACGACACUUACUGCAGAUGGACGUUAUGCUGGUACCACUGACCAAUUCAAGAUCAAGAUGUAUGCUGGGUCUGAAUGGACGGAAUACAGCGUUUUAAAUAAUCCGGGAAAAAAUCGGGGAAGAAAAGAAUGGGAUAGGUACUUAUCUGUUGAGGCUCUGAAUGACGAACCUGUUUCAUAUAUAAGAAUUGAACACGUCUCUGGGACAAAUGGCUGGCAAAUAGCAACCGUUUUCGUGAGGCACAUGUGUACCAACAAGAUCUACGAGUUCAACUGUGGAGGGUGCUGGAUCGACAGGCCUCAUAUUCCAUACAGGAACAUCAAGCGCACAAGCAUAUACUAGACAAUACU